GGGAGGGCAUGUGUGUGUGGGGGGGUGGUAUUUAAAGGGAAAAGCUGACAGUGCGGCUGAGUGAGGGAGAGGGUGCUGCGAGCUGCUGGGCUGCACACGCACACGCACACCGAUGCACACGGACCCGGACACAGACAUGGACACGGACACAGAAACCACAGCACUCUGCCCCUCUGGCAGCCGCCGGGCCUCCCCUCCAGGGACGCCCAUGCCAGAAGCAGAUACCACACUACUAAAGAAGCCAGAGACACUGUUGGCAGAGUUGGACCGGAGCGGGCUACCCUCUGUCCCUGGGGCCCCCAGACGAAGAGGCAGUAUGCCUGUCCCCUACAAGCAUCAGCUCCGGCGGGCCCAGGCUGUAGAUGAACUUGACUGGCCACCUCAGGCCUCAUCAUCUGGCUCCUCUGACUCCUUGGGCUCAGGAGAGGCAGCCCCUGCUCAAAAGGAUGGCAUCUUCAAGGUCAUGCUAGUGGGGGAGAGUGGCGUGGGCAAGAGCACCCUAGCAGGCACUUUUGGUGGUCUCCAGGGAGACAGUGCUCAUGAACCAGAGAACCCAGAGGAUACCUAUGAAAGACGCAUCAUGGUGGAUAAGGAGGAAGUGACUCUAGUCGUUUAUGAUAUCUGGGAACAGGGGGAUGCAGGAGGGUGGCUGCGGGACCACUGCCUUCAGACUGGGGACGCCUUUCUCAUCGUCUUCUCAGUCACUGACCGACGGAGCUUCUCCAAAGUUCCAGAGACCCUACUUCGGCUCCGGGCUGGGAGGCCGCACCACGACCUACCCGUUAUCCUUGUUGGAAACAAGAGCGACUUGGCCCGCUCCCGGGAGGUAUCACUGGAGGGUGUGUAUCCUGAACAGAUUCCAUCCUUGCGAUCUCAGGGGAACGCUGGCCCUUCCAGGUCACCUCUUCUCCCUAAGGCCUUUUUACCAUUGCGGACGCUCUCACUUGCAAUCAGACCCAGGCUAGGGCACACUCCCAAUGCCCCACUCGAGGACCCUGAGAAUCCCUUCUUGUCACUUCCCCUCACCUCUCCCCUAGGCCUCCUUCUCCCUCUUCUUCGCACCUCCACCUCCCCACCAUAUGAGCUCAGCCAAGUUCUCUCGGUUGCAAGAGUCACUAGUACCAAUCCCUUGCCACCGCACGCCCAGGCCCUCCCUAGACCCACCCUCGCCCCAGGUCCCCUACGGCCUGGCGGGCGCCUGAGCGGGUCCCUUCCUGCAGAGGGCCGCCACCUGGCCGGGACGCUGAGCUGCAAGCACAUCGAGACGUCAGCCGCACUGCACCACAACACGCGGGAGCUCUUCGAGGGCGCGGUGCGCCAGAUCCGGCUGCGGCGGGGCCGAAGCCGCGCCGGGGGCCAGAGGCCCGAGCCGGGCAGCCCCGAGGGUCCUGCGCCGCCCGCACGCCGCGAGAGCCUCACCAAGAAGGCCAAGCGGUUCCUCGCCAACCUGGUGCCGCGCAACGCCAAGUUCUUCAAGCAGCGCUCCAGGUCGUGUCACGACCUCUCGGUGCUCUGAGCCGCGGUCGCCAUGACCACUGCGGUCGCCAUGGUCACCGCGCCCUCCGCUCGCCCCCCCUCGCCCCGCCCCGCCCCGCUCCCGUUCGGCUUCCCUGGUGGAGGCCGUCUAGGAAACCAAAAACUCCCAGGAUGCCCCGGUGUGACCGCGGGGGGCGGCCCGGGGCCGCUGGGCGGUACCUCCACACCCGCCCCCACGGGUUCUCCGGACUUUCAGGCCUCAGGGCGCCUAGAAGGCAAGGACGCAGACCCGAAGGCGGCCGGUGAGCGGGGCGGGUUCUGCUGGGUCGGGAAGAAAAAUAAUUCUGCAAGGUAGUUUGUUUUUUAUUAAUUCGCGCUUGGCCACCUCAUCUGUAAAGAGAUUCUAAAAGCGAGAUCUGGAAAAGUGCUUUGUAGACUCCUUGACGGAGUUCGCCUCCUUUGUACGCUGCGUGAACAUGCCUCACCUUUAAGAGAGUCUUAAAGGUAAAGACACGGAGAUCCUUCCUCCAGGGACCUUCCUGAAAACGUUCUGGCUCUCAUCUGCUGCCGCAUGUGUCCACUUUGCCUUUAAGGAGUUCUUAAAGGCAAGGGCCUGGAAGCCCUUGAUUCACUUGACUUACUAGUCCACCACGGCACUUCCCCUUUAAGAUUAUUAAAGGUAAGGGGUGGACAGACUUUCUACAUUCAGAAGCUGAGCAGUGGCAACCCCUUUGGGCCAGGGCCCAGGGGGCACCAGCAAGAGGCCACCCUUUCCCUUUUCAAUAAAGAAUUUUUGUACUGCA